AUGAGCACGACUGGAAGACACAGACGUACCAGUUUAUCCUCCAAUGCCUCUGGACGCUCGUCAUGGCGCGUUCCAUCUGUUAAGCAGCCGCCGCGGACUCAGCUCUCGGCCGUUUUUGCUGAAAGCUCCCCUUCGCGCUCACCAUCACAUCAAUCUGCUCAAUCUAUACUAGAAUCGCGUCUUGCUGCGUCCCCAUCGACGAGCAGCAGCACCGGGGUCGCAGACUCGCCGACAAGUGUGCGCGCAACUCCCAUAAGCGCGGUAUCGUCGCCUGUUGGAUUAAACGACACGGAGAAUGCGCUAAAUAUUACAGAGGGUAUAGCGGGCAGCGCGUCGCGUCGUGGGCGUCAAUCCACACAGCGUCAUCUCUCGCUCAUUGGAGAUUCCGCUACGCAGGUGAAUCCGGUGUCUGCUCCUCCCGAUUCCCAGUCGCGCCAACAAACGUCGAUGAAUGUGAUACUAGACGUAUCUUCUUCAUCUUCUACGUCUUCAACGGCUGCCCAAACCGCUACACUCGCAGCCGUGGACCCGCAGUCGACGCGUGUUCAGGAGAACUUAGCCACGACUCAAACGAAUGAGAAGAGGAAACAGAGCUCUAUGAUGAGUGGCUGGUUUGGCUCGUCAGGGAGGGCAAAGUCGCGCAAACUUGUGCCUCCAGAGGAGCCCAUUCUGCCGGAAGGCGGCAUAACUCCCAGUCUUAUACCUACAACUGAGCCUCCAGUUGUGUCUACUCCGACACCAGUACCUCUUGUUGUGGACACGCCAACCCCCUCUGCGACGACUAAGCCUCCCGAGGCGGCUUCUGGAUGGUUCAGUCGUUCAAAGACCGCUACUCCAGUUGCUCCCCCAACACCAUCAAAUACUAUCCCCGUUGAAUCACCCAAAGAGACCGUCGUCGCUCCUUUGGAAUCUACCACUAUCGCGGCUCCUCCAGCUCCAGAGACCGUACCAACUACUGCAUCCUCCCCCGCGCGCCAAAGCUGGUUUGGUAUGAGAGUUCGAUCUACACCACAACCUCAAUCCACUUCGACACCAGCAUCGCUACAUAGUACUCCCCUUUCCCAGGUGGUAGACUUGCCGCCAGACAACCCAAUGUCAGACUCGGUCAUGGAUGAAGCCAUGGCGGCGACGAUUACACCGAUGAGCUUUGCCCAGGCGCAAGCACAAGCACAGUCAUCCAGAGCUGCGGUGCCGACGCUUUGGUUCAAAGGCAGUGGGAAGCGAGGUUCGAUGGCUCCUUCUGUGGACUCGACGGUGCCUUCACUGCCCCCAAGUCCAAAGAAAGAACCUCAGUUUACAACCUUGAUUCCCGUUGCAAAUUCGUCCGUCUAUAGCGUUGGAUCGUCUAGUGCUCGUUAUUCGCUGAGUCUCCCGUUCUUGGGUAGGCCAACCAUCAAAGUAGAAGACGCCAUCCGAGUAAUAGAAGUCACUGGGGCUUCAACCGAUGGUGCGACAGUAACAAAGACGGUUAUGGAAACGGAGGUCAGGGAGAUUGAAAUGAUUAUCGAGCCUGAGCCACAAACGUCGGCUGUUGCAUCGUCUUCGGCAUCCACAACAUCGUCACACCACCCCCCACCAAGCCGCUCGUGGUGGCCUUCUCUGGGCCGUUCAGGUGGCGUGACCCAAGCUCCCCAAAUAUCUUUAACUCCUGCCGAGAUCACUCCAAUCGAAGCCGCUCCAUCUAUCAUUGCCUCUUCUGCAUCAUCUACACACGACCAAGAACCCUCCAAAGAAUUGCAAUUCAACUCUGAGCAGCGCAUGCAGACGGAGCGUGUACCAGACACGGCGACUUGGUUUGGCUUCUGGCCAUGGGGAGGCGCACCGGGUGAGCCGAUUCCGCAGAAGACGGAGGCAGAGUUGAUCAAGGAGCAAGCAAUGGCCAGAGACAAUGAGCCACUUGUCAGCCCUACUGUCGUCCCCGAUCUUCCGACACCACGACCAUCUGGCGAACAGAACCCAAUCUCCGUGGACGCGACGGAGAACCGUUCGUCGUGGAUAUCCUUCUUCUCCCUUCGAGCUGCUCAUGGUGCCAAGCAGAUCACAGUAGCAGGAGAAACUGAGGAUGUGAUGGAUUUGGACGGAGAUCCAAAUGCACCUCCCGAUGCGCCUCCAGAGGCGAGCGAUCAUCUGACUAUGGCAAAGAAGGGUAAAGGUCCACAACCGACUUCCCCGGUUGGUGCGCCUAAGCCUCGUUCAAGUUCAACUGGACCUGCUCUCAAAAGGGACCCAAUCAAUCCCCCGCUUACAGACUCGGAGUCUCUACGAAGAAAGGUCACGACCUCCGGCAAGCGAUCGUCGAGUGCGACACCCUCCAAACGCUCUCUCCCGCCUUCUACACCGUCAAAGGCGCCGAACAUGGUACUCCCAACGUUUGAGGAUACAUUUUAUGCCCUCCCUCGAGCGUUGCCACCACAUACGAGACCUACGCCCUUACGCAAGGUUGGAAGAAUCGUCAGUGGUGUGUUUGGUAUCUCUGGGAUAGUGGGCACAGGAACGCCGAGUCGCAAUGACGAGAUGCGAAUGUGGCAGGACCGCGCUGGUGUAUCUGUGCCGAAGGACUAUGAAGGGCUUCGAGCGGCUCGGGAUGUUGGACGAGAUUUGCCUAGAGUCGGUGAAGUUUUGGGUGUCCAUGACAUUGGGAGGAUCAAGGACUGUAAAAGGGUGGCUAUUAUUGGCGUUCAUGGGUGGUUCCCAGGUACGAUCAUGCGGACUCUGUUUGGAGAGCCGACUGGAACAAGUCCCAAGUUUGCAUCCAUGAUGGAGGCGGCAGUUCUCGAGUUUAUGGAGAAGCAAGGGAAUGAGUUAGAAAAAGUUACGCUUAUGCCGCUGGAGGGUGACGGUACCAUUGAGAAGCGAGUCGAGAAACUUUACCAAGAUUUCCUUAAGAAUUCGGAAUGGGUCGAAGAUCUACACGAGGCCGACGUCGUUUUCGUCGCCACACAUUCACAAGGCUCUGUUGUCUCUACACAGCUACUAGAGAAGCUUAUUGCAGAUGGCCAUCUUCGCACCAGCAAGAACUGGGAAAUUAUCAAGACUGUCGCUGAGACACCCAUCGGUGCAAUGAGCGUGGCGCCUCCACGACCACCGCAGAAAGUUUGCUGUCUCGCACUCUGUGGUAUUCAUCUCGGACCGCUGCUUUACCUUGGGACGAGCUCGAUCGUUAAUCCAUAUAUACAAUACUUUGAGUCCGCGGCAGCAAAGGAGCUAUUCGAGUUCCAGGACACGGAAUCGGAGGUUUCGAAGAAGUAUCUCGCCUCUCUUGAAACAGUACUUGACCACGGAGUCAAGUUCGUCUAUGUUGCGUCUCUUGAUGAUCAAGUCGUUCCUAUUUAUUCGGGCAUAUUCACUGCUGUGAACCAUCCUCGCAUAUUGCGAGCCCUGUACAUAGACGGAGAUGCGUACAGUUCCUCCGACUUCCUCUCCAAUCUCCUCGUUCUGCUGCUUCGGCUACGCAAUGCAGGUAUCGAUGACGGUGGACUCUUGACGCAUCUCUCGGAAGCAACUGCCGGCUCCUUGAAUGGUAUCGGACAUUCGACUGCAUACGCGGAUCCUGGAGGGUACAGGUUGGCCGUUCGCUUUCUCUUUGAAACAAGCGAUGCGCUGGGUGACGAACCAAAACUCGAAUUUGAACCAUUCACUGCCAAGGCAUCUCGGAAUGACUACGAAAUUCCAUGGGCACUGCGCGGGCUCAUUGCCGAUCCUCGCUGCCAAGAACUCUUUGGAAAGGAGCUUGCAGAGCUCAGAAAUGCAUUUGACUCAUGGCAGCCAAAGACAUCUGCACUCAAGGACGUCAGACGCAAGCUGGAGCCCAUACGAGGACGAAGAUCAAGGUUCGCGCCCGAUCCCUAUGCAUCCAUUUCAUCCCCUAUCUCCUUUUCUCAAUCUCCAACUGUGGAUAAACGCUGA